AAGAAUACAGUAAAAGGGUUCCGGAAAUUUAAUAUAUUAGGUACAAACACAAAAAGUAAUGAAUAUGGAAGAAUCCACAAAUGGAAGUUUAGCAGCUGAGUUCAGACACCUGCAAUUAAAAGAACAAAAGAAUGCAGGAAGCAGGACUAAUGAGGGACCUCUUAUUGUGACUGAAGAACUGCAUUCAUUAAGUUUUGAGACACAGCUUUGCCAUCUUGGAUAUGUAGUGGAUUUGGAGACCGCAUCACUUCCAAUAGUUGUGAUUUCUAAUGUAAGCCAGCUUCCAAGUGGCUGGGCUUCUAUUUUAUGGUACAAUAUGCUGUGCUCAGAGACAAAGAACUUAUCAUUUUUCCUAAACCCAGCAGUAGCCAGAUGGCCCCAGUUGAUGGAAGUACUCAGCUGGCAAUUUUCUUCAGUAACCAAAAGAGGACUUCACACAGAUCAGCUGAGUAUGCUGGAAGAGAAAUUAUUAGGGCCAAAUCCUACUGAUGACUGUAUUCCAUGGACAAAAUUCUGCAAGGAAAAUCUCAAUGAAAAGACUUUUCCAUUUUGGCUUUGGAUUGAGGGCAUCUUGGAACUAAUUAAAAAGCAUCUAUUAUGCCUAUGGAAUGAUGGGUGUAUUAUGGGUUUUAUCAGCAAAGAAAGAGAACGUAUGCUGCUAAAAGACAAAGAACCGGGUACAUUUUUAUUGAGGUUUAGUGAAAGCAGUAAAGAAGGAGCCAUCACCUUUACCUGGGUGGAGAGGUCACAAAAUGUUUCUGAACCAAUGGAUCUUGAUGGACCUAAAGCAACAGGAUAUAUCAAAACAGAAUUAAUAUCAGUUUCUGAAGUACACCCGUCAAGACUUGCAACAGCCGAUUCUCUGUUACCAAUGUCUCCAGAUGAAUAUGCUCAUUUAGAAAAGCUAGUACCUGAAUGUUUGAUGGAUUCUUACAGCAAUUAA